AUGGUUCAGCGGCGUGCCGAAGCGGCGGCGGCUGGAUCAGAAACGUACCUGAUAUUCGAAAUGCAGGAUAGUAUGGCGGAUGGUUGGAGCGGCAUCGGCUACGAGAUUUGGGACCUCAACAAUGCAGGGGCCGAUGAGACGCUCACCAUCGACGCGACAGGGCCUGGCGGGGGCUGGACUGGGAACACCUGGACAUUGAAGGACGGAGAUGGGAAUGUGUUGGGCACCGACACCUGCUGCAACACUGAAAGCUGGAGCAUUCCGGUGAAGGUCGGGGACAAUAUGACGUGGACCGUUACUGAAGGAAGUGGCACGACCGGAGUAGCCUGGUCGCUGAAAGUGGGUGGCGUCGCCUUCUGGUCGGUGCAGGACACUUAUGCCAACACCAAACGGUUUCCGACAGAGCAAGCCUUUGUGAUGCCAGGCAGCCUCCUGGCUAGUGGCACGAUGCUCUCCGGCUCCACGAAGAUCGAGCGUAUUGCCGCCACAGUGGGCGAUCAGCUGGCGCUGUCUGUGGUGGAGGGGGGCUCCACCACCGGCUACGAAGUGUCCUGGGCUCUCAAGGAGCAGGACUACGAUUCAGUGUUUUCCGCGGAGGUCGGAGCUGCAGACGAGGUGAAAUUCCCUUUGCUCUCAACCUUCACGGUGCUAGGCGUGCAGUGCCAGCACAACGAAUUCAGCUGGGCCUUGGUCUACUAUGAUGACUCUCAGUGGAACCAGGGCUUCCAGAACAUGUUUGCCGUGGGAGACUGGGUCUACCUCGUGCCCACCAGCAGUCAUAAUAAGAUCUUUCGAGUCGACGGGGCGACCUUCACUCAGGUGGAAGUUCUCAGCUAUGACACUGCGGGGAUUUCUGUCGCAGGGUACCAGAACUUCAACACCGGCUUUGUGGACGACGCUGGCUAUGUAUACCUCCUGCCCGGCAAUGGGAAUUCCUACCUGGUGAAAGUGGACCUGACUUUCACUUCGGCCUCCACACUCUCAGUGAACAGCAACGGCUUUAAGGGCGCCAUCCUCUACGGGGUCUACGCGUUUUUGGUGCCUGAAGGGGGCAUCAUCGAGCAGAUCGACCUCAUGAGCUUCUAUUCCGUGACCACGCUGGACCUCAGCUAUCAGGAUGACAGCUACCUGAGAUCUUUCUCUGCCGGCUUCACAGACGGGACCUACGGCUACUUAGUCCCCUACCAGGACAGCUUCAGCUCCAACUCGGGGAAGCUGGUGCGCUUCGAUCUGGCCAGCUUCAGUAGCUCCAUCACCGUGGACGUUGUGGACUUCACGACCAACUCGCAUCCGAAUGCCUUUUAUUGGUAUGGCUUUGCGGGGGGCUAUCAGGACGGUACAUAUGGCUACAUGGCCACGAAGGACUCGAAUAUCAUCGUCCGCUUCAGGAGCUGGACGACAUGA